GGUCGUGAGCCCGCUAUUGGAGAGUUUCCUUCGCAGCGUCACGCUGCCAGAGUGGAUUAGGGCCAAGUGCGGAGCGCGAGGAACUGUCGGGGUGCCGACAGCAGUGGUGAACCUCCUGAAGUCGAAGGAGAAGGUGUUGGAGCAGUGGGCGAAGAGAAGGAUGCCGCCACGAAAGGAGCCGAGGCAGUUGGAGACAGCGAGGAGGACGGAGAAGAUGUGUUUGAGGUGGAAAAGAUUCUGGACAUGAAGACCGAGGGGGGUAAAAUCCUUUAUAAAGUUCGAUGGAAAGGAUACACAUCAGAUGAUGAUACCUGGGAGCCUGAGAUUCAUCUUGAGGACUGUAAAGAAGUUCUUCUUGAAUUUAGGAAGAAAGUUGUGGAGAACAAAGCUAAGCCAGUUAAGAAGGAUAUUCAGAGACUGUGCUUAAAUAAUGACAUAUUUGAGGCAAAUUCUGAUAGUGAUCAGCAAAGUGAGACAAAAGAAGAUACUUCUCCAAAGAAGAAAAAGAAAAAAUUAAGGUAUAGAGAAGAGAAAAGCCCAGAUGAUAUGAAAAAGAAAAAAGCAAAGACUGGGAAACUCAAAGAUAAAUCCAAACCAGACCUGGAAAGCUCCUCUGAAAGUUUUACUUUUGAUUUAAGGACAAAGAAAAGAAUUUCAGAAGCCAGAGAAGAAUUAAAGGAAUCCAAAAAACCCAAGAAAGAGGAUACAAAAGAAACAAAGGAAUUAAAGAAAGUUAAAAAGGGUGAAAUAAGAGAUUUAUCUAAGAAUAAAUUAAGAGAAGAUUCUAGAGAAAACAGAAAAACAAAAAAAGAGAAAUGUGUUGAAUCUCAAUUGGAAUCUGAAUCAAGUAUACUUAAUGACUCCCCUUUUCAAGACGAUGACAGUGAAGAUUUACAUUCUGACAACAGAGAAGAGAAACAGAAGAUUAAAAGCAUAAAAGAUAAAGCAGGGCAAGAUGCAAUUCAAGAUGAUUUUGAUAAACAGCCAGAUGACUUUGUGAGUGCUGAUGAGGAUGCAGAUGUCAAAGCAAAGAGAAAAAGAAAGAAACUGAGAAAGACCGAGGAACUUAAAGAGAGCAAAACACUAGAAAACAGGAAUCUUUUCCUAGAGAAGAAAACUAUAUAUAAGAAGCAAAGGAAUCAGGACAAAGGCAGAAGCACCACAGAGUUUGAUAAGCUGCCGCCUUUACCUGUCCAGAUACAGAAGAGUUCAAGAGCAGGUGUGGAAGAGAGAGGCCUCAGGUCCCCUGACUCAGGUGGAGAGGAGAAAGAGAUUAAAAAAAAUGAACCCAAAGAAAAAAACCAGAAAAGGCAUGAUUUGGACAAGGAAGAAAAAGGCCGUAAAGAGCCAAAGGGAUUAAAGACCUUUAAGGAAAUCAGAAAUGCAUUUGAUUUAUUUAAAUUAACUCCAGAAGAAAAAAAUGAUUUUCCUGAGAAUAAUCGGAAAAGAGAAGAAAUAUCACUAGAUUGUAAAAUCACAGAAGAUCACAAAACGAAGGAGAACAAGCAGUUACUUAAAGAAAGGAGAAAUACAAGAGAUGAAACUGAUACUUGGGCAUAUAUAGCUGCAGAAGGUGAUCAAGAGGUUCUAGACAGUAUGUACCAAGCAGAUGAAAAUUCUGAUGGCAGACAACAGAUUUUGAGUUUGGGCAUGGACUUGCAGUUGGAAUGGAUGAAACUAGAAGAUUUUCAAAAGCAUCUUGAUGGGGAAGAUGAGAACUUUACCACAGCAAAUGCAAUUCCAAGUAAUUUAUUGAGGGAUGCUGUGAAAAAUGGGGAUUAUAUUGCUGUAAAAGUUGCACUUAAUUCAAAUGAAGACUAUAACCUGGACCAAGAGGAUUCAAGCGGGAUGACUCUGGUGAUGCUUGCUGCAGCAGGAGGGCAAGACGACCUGCUGAGGCUCCUCAUCAAGAAGGGGGCUAAGGUGAAUGGCAGACAGAAGAAUGGGACCACUGCCCUCAUUCAUGCAGCUGAGAAGAACUUUUUAACUACAGUGGCUAUUCUUUUGGAAGCAGGAGCUUUUGUUAAUGUCCAGCAGAGCAAUGGUGAGACUGCUCUAAUGAAGGCCUGUAAAAGAGGAAAUUCUGAUAUUGUACGACUUGUAAUCGAAUGUGGAGCUGACUGCAAUAUUUUGUCGAAGCACCAAAACAGCGCACUGCAUUUUGCAAAGCAGUGUAACAAUGUGUUGGUGUAUGACUUGCUGAAGAAUCACUUAGAGACACUUUCAAGAGUAGCAGAAGAAACAAUAAGGGAUUACUUUGAAGCACGUCUUGCUCUAUUAGAACCAAUUUUCCCAAUAGCAUGUCAUCGUCUCUGUGAGGGGCCAGAUUUUUCAACAGAUUUCAAUUACAAACCCCCACAGAACAUACCAGAAGGCUCUGGCAUCCUGCUGUUUAUUUUCCAUGCCAAUUUUUUGGGUAAAGAAGUCAUUGCCCGGCUCUGUGGACCAUGUAGUGUACAAGCUGUAGUUUUAAAUGAUAAAUUUCAACUUCCAGUUUUUCUGGACAGUCAUUUUGUUUACUCGUUCAGCCCUGCUGCAGGCCUCAAUAAACUCUUCAUAAGGUUGACGGAAGCACCUUCUGCCAAGGUUAAACUGCUAAUAGGUGCAUACAGAGUACAGCUGCAGUGACGGAACGGAGAGUUGGGAUGGAGUUAUUUCCAGGCCUAUUUUGGAACUCUGGCACAGCUAACACCUCUAGAAUUGAAGUUUCAUCUGUAAACCUCUUGCAGUUUCAGGCCUGUUAUCUGUUACAGGCUCUAACACAGGACAUGGUGGUUCUAAUAUAUUAUAAAAUAUAGAUGUAAGUAUUUGUGCCAGUGUUCUGAAAUUUUGAUGUUGUCUCCAGACUGCAUAGUUCAGUUUUUCCACAAUGUGGAAAGGUACUUGGGAGGAUUAUUUAAGAAAAUUAAGUCUUUUUUUCUAACUUGAAAUUUUCUACUAGCCCUGGUGAAUUUCUGCAUUAAAAACAAUUAAGUAUGGAUGUGAUAUUCAAGUCACUGAAGCACUAAAUAAGGUAUCAAUUUGCUGCCCUUAAAGGAUGACUUUCUAACUUGGUAGGCAGAUUUGAGGGAGGAGGUCUGAGUUUUUCGUAAUAUGCAGUUGCCACAGAUCCUGAAUUGGAGGUGACAACUUUGUGUAUUUGCAGCUAUCCUUUAUUCUUUGAAAAGAUAAUAAAUCAGAAGAUACAGGAAAAAAAAGAAAAAAAAAAUGUUAAGCCAGGACACUGUGGGGCCUAAAGAACAUAGUACUUGUGGAUUUUUAUCCUUGUUCUUUCAUCUGUCAAGUAAUUUUCAAAAGCCAGAUCCUGUUUCCUUAUUAUGAACACUGGGAAGGCCAGCCAAGGCUUAUUUGCCAUACUGUGCCUCAUGUGAAGAGUUACUGCUUCUAGAGAUUCCCCACAGAUUUUUCAUAGUCGCUUAAGAAGUAUUUGGCUAACUAAAAAGUCAAGCUCAGUCUGGACUUGGAGAGUGUAAAAUUAUUUAGUUCAUGAUUGGUUUUAUAAUUUUAAUGAUAAAUUUUCAGAAUGUCAUACAGUAGACCACAUACAUUGUAUAGACAUUUCAGAGAGCCAUUUUUACUUUACAUACUGCCUUUUCCUACAAUGUUCUCAAUAAAACACCAAAUGUUGGUCUAUUU